GUUUUUGGUUUUGUAAAGCAAUCAUUUUUUAAAAGAUAAGGGAAAAGCGUUUAGUAAUAAUAAUAUCAAGUGCAUAAUUCUAAUUUGUGCACACCGACUUUCACACAAUAUGGCACCGGCACCCCAGCCCUUGGAAGGAAAGUUUCAAGGUCCGAUGGCCGGUUACCUGCCUUCCGGACAAGAGGGCGGCCCACGUAUGAAUACAAUUUCACUCGCAGUACUAAUUGACUUUAUAAUACAAAGAACGUACCAUGAUCUCACAGUGCUCGCUGAAUUGUUACCCCGGAAAACCGACAUGGAGCGGAAAAUUGAAAUUUAUAAUUUUUCUGCUCGUACCCGGCAGCUUUUUAUACGUCUUAUUGCUUUGGUCAAAUGGGCUAAUUCUGUGUCGAAAGUGGAUAAAUCGGCAAAUAUUAUGAGUUUCCUGGACAAGCAAAAUAUGCUUUUUAUAGAAACAGCAGAUAUGUUGGCCCGCAUGUCCCGUGAAACUUUAAUACGUGCGCGUCUUCCGAACUUUCAUAUACCUGCUGCAGUGGAAGUACUCACAACAGGUACAUACAACCGUCUUCCUACAUGUAUACGGGAGCGAAUUGUGCCACCAGAUCCAAUUACCCCGGCAGAAAAGAAGCAAACACUUUUAAGACUAAAUCAAGUGAUUCAGCACCGUUUAGUUACUGGCAAAUUAAUGCCACAAAUGAGAGAAUUUAAAAUUAAAAAUGGGCGUGUAACAUUUGAAAUCAAGCAUGAAUUCAACGUCUCCUUGACCGUUAUGGGUGAUGGCAACAAUGUGCCGUGGCGGCUUCUAGAUAUAGACAUACUUGUUGAAGAUAAAGAAACUGGAGAUGGCAAAGCUUUGGUACACCAGCUUCAAGUAAAUUAUAUUCAUCAACUUAUACAAGCUCGAUUGGUAGAGAAUCCGAACGCACUAAGCGAAGUAUAUAAUUGUCUGCACUAUUUUUGCCAAUCGCUUCAACUUGAAGUGCUUUAUACGCAAACACUUCGUCUGAGCUAUGAACGGUUAGAUGAUAAUAUUAACGUCGAGGAAUAUGUACCAGGCGUGAAAAUAACAGUUUCGUAUUGGCGAGAGCUCACUAGUAAGGACUCCAAAUCUGAGCUGGGCUAUCGUUUAACAGUACAAUCUGAUCCCAAUGAAAUAGGACGCCCGCUAGCUGUGGUACAUGUGCCAUCAUUAGGUGCAAAAGAGUCUGCAGAGGUUGCUGAUCGCGCGGUACGUUCCGAUCAUCUUUCAAUGGAACGCCUAAUCGUGUACACCGUAUAUAUACGAUCUGUUUCAAGGCUCAAUGAUUUGAAAUUAGAGUUUCAAUCAUUUUUAAAAGACGUUGAUUUUAAUUUACAAGGAACACCAGCUAUCUUGACAGUGCCAGUCCUGUCGCCUUGUUUGCGUGCUGAACAAGUACAUAUAACAAUUGAUACACACACCGGUAUGUUAAGGUGUCAUGUGCCAAAACAUUUGGAUUGUCCCAUUAUGCCUGAAAUGCAAACGUGUUUGAAUGGUGACAGAAGUAAAUUGCAACAAAUCAUGUCGGAACUAAGGUUUUGGAUAACUCAUCGGCGCUGUGAGAAAACUCUACAACAUUUACCAGCCGCCACUACGGAGACACUACCCUUCCUAACCCUACCCGAUAAUCCACUUAUGCAGCCAGGCCGUCAUAAAGUUUAUGUAAAACUUCAUCGUCAUCCAAAUGUUAUUAUUGUAGUUCAGUUGAAGGAGAAGGCCAAUACGCCUAACGAAAUGGAAUAUACUUUCCAUUUAGGGUUUGUCGCAUAUCAGACUACUGAAACUGAUAUCACAGCAGAGGAGUCCCAGAAUACACGUUUGGUUUCCAGCUCACAUCCACCAUCACAUCCACCCACUGUAAGCGCCGAAGUACCCAAAGUGUAUACGAAAUUAUUGCGCCUAAUUGAAUUUGAUACGUUUGUAGCCACACACGGACCAGGCACAGAUGUGGAUGAAUUACCACCGCAUAAGCGAAAAUCAACCGGCGAUCUAGGGCCACCAGCCAAGCAACAAAAGACCAUUUAUCCAGCUUACUUUAUACCAGAGCUAGCACAUGUUAUUGCGAUGUGCGAUGAAAAAAUACCAUUCUUGAAUUUAGCACAAGAAUUAUCGCGACGUGAGAUACCGCACAGUGGACUGCAGGUGGAAGCAAAUGCUGCAUCGUUAGUGUUGAAAAUACUGUCACUACCCAUGCCGACACAGCAGACACAAGAUCAAAAACAAAAUCCUACUGGCGUUACACUGCCAACAAUUGAAAAAACUGUUAUGAAUGAUCUAAUGAAGCGUUUACUUUCCAUAUCAGUGCGUUCACAAAUGAAUAAGUCUAAUCAAAUACGCAAUUGGGGUGUGGAGUUCGUUUUCUACAGUACUCCUCUGCAAAGCACCCAUCAAAAAGAACAGGGCAAUCGUCGCACUGUUUACUUGGCAUACGAACAAGCCAAUCAUGAUUUUGUAAAAACAGUAGAUGAAUUGUUGCGCGAUUGGUCUAAAAUAGUAUAUCUUUAUAAUUUGGUAUUCAAUUUUUCAGAGCAUGUAAAGAAUAAACGUCUAAAUCUCGCUGAUAUGGUCAGUGUAAAAUCGUAUAAUUAUUUGAAUCUGUUAUUGGGAUAUGGACCUAAAAAGGAAGUCACAUGCAAUAUUUAUUGGUGUGCACAAACGCAUGGUUUUCGUCUCGUCUAUGUUGGUGGUAUAUCGGCAGUGAAUGCGCACUCGAUGAUGCGCGAUCAGUUGGCCUCGCAUUUGAAUCGUCAGCUUAAUCUAACACAAGUCGUGCAAAUAUUGCAUGAAACCUACAAUCCGUUGAGUUCGAUUUCUAAGUUGCCUAUAAUACCGCUGCUGGGAAUACCGCGACCGCAAGUACCUAUUUUGUCUUUCUGCAUCUUACCACAAUCUCCGUGUCUUAUUCGUUUGACAUACCAAGCUAUUUACUGUUUGGAGAUACGCAUGCGCAGCGGUCGACUGGCGUCGAUUCGAGAUGGCGCAUACUCACGUUUUGAUCGUAAUUUAAUUGACGAAUUUACGCCAAUACAAGGCUUAAAGGGCUUUCUAUUGAAGCACGUCGAUGAGAAUGCGGUUUACCGUGGACGUUCACAAAGCGAGGAUGAUAAUCCGCCAUCUCCUUUGGGCAUGGAAGACAAUUACAGUGGUCCUGGCAGUGUGUCUGGCGCCGGCGCUGGUGGUUCAUCUCCGUUCACAAGUGGUGGCAUGCGUGGUCCACAGUCACCACGUGAUAGCGGUUUACGUUUCCCAGCACCACAUACGCCACCUUCAAGCUCAAAUCCUCACACUCCGGCCAGUCCACAUCCCUCAGCGAACAGUGGUGGUGGCAGCAACCAGAAUCAUCCAAACUUCAAUUUAACUUCGCCACCUGCACAUCACAUGCCACAUCCAUCACCCGGCGGCCUUAUGCCAUCAUCACCACUCAAUCCACAACCAAGUCCGCACAUGGCGCACAGCCCCGGACCGAAUACAUUGUAUAUGCAAGGCCACCAAGACUCGCCCUUCACAGCAAUGUCGCCGGCAAACACGAAUUGGCCAGGUUCACCCAGUAUGCCGCGUCCAUCACCACGUCCUGGACAAAGUCCUGAGCAUAAGCCUAGUGGCUCCUCGACAGGCAACACCGGCACUUCGUCUGCAAUGUCGCGCGUGCCGUCGAAUCGUUCUUGGGCUGGCGCCGUGCCAACGCUGCUGACACAUGAAGCUUUGGAGACGCUUUGUCGACCAAGUCCCCACCCUAAUAAAGAUAUUACUGGUCCGGAAAUUAGUCCAUUGGAGCGCUUUUUGGGUUGCGUGUUUAUGCGUCGCAUGCUACAGCGUCACAUACAAGGUGACGAAUCGAUUACGCCACUCAAUUCUAAUGAACCCGGCAUGGUGCUAUUUAAGGUGGAUGGCUUACAGUUUCAAGUUAUGCUCAAUCAGGUGCAUAUGGAGUCACUGCAUUUGAAGGCACAGCAUUUACCCACACCACCAACUCCAGAUGGCAAACAACCAUUCCAACUGAGCGCCGAUGAUUUGCUGGUAUUGGAGCAGUUCUUUGAUUUGCGAGUUGUAUCGCCACCGUACAGGCCGAAUGCAAUGACCGCCUUCUGUCGUGUGCUCAGCUGCCCGGGCCAAGUUCUCAAGGAUUUCGUCCAAAUUAUGCGACUCGAUCUGAAGCCUGAGGUGAUGGGCGAUCAACUGAAGUGGGCAUUGCAAUUCUGUAUGCGUGUGCCACCGUCGGCAGCGAUAAUACCAAUCGGAACGCCCGGCAUCUAUAUAUGCAAAUUAAAGAUACUCUUUUUCUUACAAAUUACUCGUAUACCAUAUAAGGGUAAGGAGUGGAAGGACAGCCCAUCAUUGCUCUUGCCCAUGGUUUACGAUUUGACUUCGAAUAUAACGCAGUUGGUUGAGCGACGUGAGCAGGUGCAAUCGCCAGCGAUGAAUGCGGCAAGUGUUUUGUUGCGUCGCUUUACCGAAUUUAAUGUGCAACACGGACAGUGCUCGCUAUUUCCCGCAGUAUUGGACUUGUUAACCAACCUGCAACUGCCCAACGAUGUGCCGCCACCCAAUCAGAAUAUCGGCCCGCCAGUCGGUCAAGUCGUCGGUUCAAGUCCGAAUCCUAUGAUGCAUUCGCCAAUGCAACAAAUGGGCCAAAUGGGUCCGUCACCGGUGGGUCCCGGUUACCCGCAGAUGACACAAAACCAAGGUCCGCAGUGAUGAAGGCGCAAACGCCGCACGGUAAACAAGAAUAACAACUGUGCUGGCAGUGCUGGCGGCAAUUAAAACGCAAAGUUUACACCAACUUUGCAAUUUCAAAACUGAUGGGACACAAAAUGACCGGGCUUUAACAGCAACCGAAAUUCUGCUAUAUAUUUAUUUAUUUUGGACAAAUUUGUAUGUCAAUGACUUUUUGUACUAAACAAAAAAAAAGAAGAAUUAUAAUAAAUACUAAUAAUAACUGAAUGUCUAAAAAUAAA